CCUGGGCUGUUUCUUUUCUUAUGAUCCUGACUGUUGAAUGUUGGCAUGAUCUGGACAACUCUGAAUAUGACUGCUGGCCAAUAGUGGAGCCGAAUGAUUAUAACAUGAUCAGCUGUGGUGGUUUAGAAAUGGCUUGGAUUCAGCGUCCACCAGAAAAGGUCACUGAUGGGGAGGAGUUCAACGUCACCUAUUCUGUCACCGCGUCAGACUCCUUCUAUGAAUACGUUGUUCAAAACAAGAUUUUCCAGUUCAGCAAUGCCUCAGAAGCCAAAAGGUUCUGUCUCGAGCACGAGUGUCCCGCCAACUGGAACAAUGCCAAUGAGCUCAACUGCUGCGUGUACCACGCUAACAUUCAUUCCUGCCCGCUUGCGCUCAUGAGAGGAGGAGGGAUAUGUGGCCCCUGGAUUCCAGACGAUGGUGAAAUUGUUACUCACACAGUAUCUAAAGCUGGCAAGAUGAGUCAAUACCUUUGGACUUCAAAGGUGGUGCUUGUCCAUCUAGGAGUAACAUCUGUCAUCGCUCACAUCAAAGUGGGACAGAUGCACGCUGCACUAGAGUCCAAAGUGUUAGUAGUGAGUGCACAAGUGUGUGGAGAUGAUACGUGUGAACUGGAGGAGAACUGUCUAACGUGUCCUGCCGACUGUGGGGUUUGUCCUAUGGCUACGUCUAUUAAAGUGGCCAUCGGGCUUCCUGUCGUAUUGUUCUGCAGUGGGUUCAUCUUAACGCUGGUGUGGCUGCAAUACCAAAAACAGAAAAUGUUUUGGGAUGAGAGCUGGAUCAUCAACUACAAUAAUAUUGUGUUUGGUAAGGUGUGCUACAAUGGGUUUUGCAGCACCACAAGCCUUCAGACAGGGAAGAGAAACUCCACUGUGAGCACAGUUACAGAUGUAAUAAUCUGCACCGGAGCGAACACCAAUUUCAAACCACGAUUCAUUCAGGCUGGCAUCUAUGAUGGAAAGACUGUGGCUGUGAAGCACAUACGAAAGAAACAUUUCACUCUGACCAAAACAAUCAGAAAAGAGGUGAAAGAGGUCAGGGAGCUGGACCACCCAAACCUCUCCAAGUUCUUUGGAGGCUGCAUUGAAGUUCCCUUCGUGAGCAUCAUCACUGAAUACUGUCCAAAGGGAAGCUUGGCAGAUGUGUUGUUGAAUGAGGACGUCCCCAUCAACUGGGGGUUUCGGUUGUCUUUUGCGACCGACAUUGCACGUGGGAUGGCUUACCUCCACCAGCACAAAAUGUUCCACGGCCGUCUUCAGUCACGUAACUGUGUCAUCGAUGACCGGUGGGUCUGCAAAAUUUCAGAUUAUAGGCUAAUGGCCUACAGAAAGGAGGAUUUUGUGGAGAUGAGCACCAAUUUCACCUAUCAGAAUGUCUAUCGCAUUUACUGCGCCCCUGAAGUUCUGCUGCGGAUCAGCUCUAGUUGCACAGCUGCAGCUGAUGUGUACAGCUACUCCAUUAUCUUGGUCGAGAUCGCCACUCGCACUGACCUCAUUUCAGAACAAGUGGAUUCGGUCAAGCUUGAUGUAAUGUGGCGUCCAUCACUUCCCAAACUGAAGGCCGGGAAAUCAGACAAUGAUUGCCCAGAUCCAGACGAUUACUGUGAGCUUAUCAAAAGAUGCUGGUCCCACAACAUCACCAUGAGGCCCACAUUCGAGCAGGUGAAAAAGAUUCUUAAUAAAAUGAACCCGCACAAGGUCAGCCCCGUGGAUAUGAUGAUGAAUCUGAUGGAGAAGUACAGUAAACAUUUGGAAACCAUUGUAGCUGAGAGAACUCAAGAUCUUCUUCAGGAGAAGCAAAAGACAGACCGUUUGCUUUACAGCAUGUUACCAAAACCAGUAGCUGAUGACCUUCGUCAGGGGCGCACAGCAGAAGCGCAGAGUUACUCCAAUGCAACUGUUUAUUUUAGUGACAUAGUGGGCUUCACUCAGCUUUCUGGCUCGAGCACCCCCCACCAGGUCGUGGAUUUCCUCAACAAACUCUACACCACUUUCGAUGACAUCAUUGACAACUAUGAUGUUUACAAAGUGGAAACCAUUGGAGAUGCGUAUAUGGUGGUCUCGGGGGUACCAAAUGAGAAUGGGAUCAAUCACGCUGGGGAAAUCGCCAGCAUGGCUUUGGAUCUGAUCAGUGUUUGUCAUGAGUUUAAAAUCCCACACAAGCCCACCACACAGCUGAAGAUACGAGCUGGCAUCCAUUCAGGCCCUGUAGUGGCUGGGGUGGUUGGUACCAAAAUGCCUCGAUACUGCUUAUUUGGCGAUACUGUAAACACAGCGUCUCGUAUGGAGUCCACCAGCGAAGAUUUAAAGAUCCAAUGCAGUGGCUUGACAGCAGAUUUACUAAACAAACUUGGAGGAUACGUUCUAGUGUGCCGUGGGUCUCUCAAUGUGAAGGGUAAAGGUGAAAUGACGACCUGGUGGCUAGAGGCCAAAAGGAGCUCAGCAGAUCCUCUGUUUCGGGAGGAUGAGGCACUGGGUCUUCCUGUUCCUGUUAGCAAUUAAAUUAUAUGUUAAAGUCGUACAUAUGCACAUGUUUACUCACUGUUGAUGUAUAUGUUAGGUAUUACAUUCCAAACAUAUUUUAUUUAUGCUCCUCUGAAAUAUUGCUGCUGUUGUUGUAUUAUGUAUUAGGUGGACAUGGAUUUGGAAGAAAAUGUCAUGUGCUGUCUUGCAUGUUUUGUCAGGAUUUAAAAAAUAUAAAAUAAUUGUGCCGCACUUUUUGCUUUAGAAAACACAAUAAAUUAAUAAUUAAAAUAGAUUAAAUAUACUCAAAUUGUAAAAAGUGAAAAUGUAUUAUUAGAGCAACAUUUUCUAC